GCCUCCUGAGCUCUCUCAGCCGGCCACAAAUGACAACGAAGAAGGAUUGCAUGAGACCAGUGAUCCUCAGGUCGACAUGCCAAACUGGCAGCUGGUGGCCCCUGACCAACCAACUGAGGAACCUGUGAUUCUGGGAUUCCCUUACUUUACCACCAGUGAGGUUUGUUUCACUGGCAUACAGAGUAUCUCUGGAACGGUGACUGAAUUUGUAUCCUGUCGCCGCUUGGAGACCUUCGUUAAUGUCCUGCUGGAGGACCGUGUGAAAACCUUCCACAAGGUGAUCAAGGACUACAGGCAGCUUUGGGCUGAUGGACAAGAGGAUGCUGCUCACUGGGUGAAGGAGUCCACCUGUUAUACACCGGACAUGGAUUCCGAGACUGACUCUGAGUCAGAAUUUGAGGGCAGUGAGGAGAGUCUUUCUCCUGAGGAGAGUGAGGUGCCCUUUAUCAGCUGCCAUCUCAAAGACUGCGGCAUCACAGACGUCGCCCUGAAGCUGCCUGCACUCCAUGAGGUCUUCACUACCCUGUUAACCAGCAUCCAUCUCCAAAACUUAUUAUUUAUAAGCGGCAAAGAGCUGGUGAUGCACCUAGCAGCUCUAAACAAGCAGGAUGUGCUCGAGGUGCAGCUUUCAUAUGAGGCUCUGAUUCGCUUCCUAAAAGAAGCAGCCAAUCAGAGCUCAGUUCAGCUGGAGAUGUUCGAGGUUCAGCUGCACCUAAACUUACUUGAUGUGCUGUAUGAACUCGUCCUCUUCGGGUGGUUCAUUUAUGACUCUGCACCUGAGUUUAUGGAUGGAGGAUUCCUGGAUAGACUGUUAAAGCACAUCAUAAGCUGGGACAUCGAGAUCUGGGAACCUGCAGCUCAGCAGUGCUUCACGGUUCUUCAAGAUCAGCUGACUGAAUUCCUCCAGGUGGUUUUCUCACAGCCACUGGAGCUUUAUGAAGAUCCUGAAGGCUUGGCUCAUGUGGUGCUGGACCUCCUAAAGCUGCACGUCCAGCAGAUGCUGAAGACCAUGAAGAAAUUCUGAGCAACCUUUUAAUCUCUUCCUUCCUUCAUUCUUACACAGUACUUUACAUAGAUAUAAUGUUUAGAUUUAACAGGCCACCUUAUUAGGAACAAUUUCUUGUCUUGCUCAGGUUUCUCAGAGGUAAGUAUGCAGUUAUUACAUUUUUAUAAUGAACAAUCACUAACAUUUAUUCUUUUUUACAGGU